GUGUAUAUAUAGUCUGUGUGACUGUCAGAGUACUCCUGGCAGUCAUCAUGAAGGGUAUGGUCUCAAUCUGCUACUUUCUCUCCCUGCUGCUUUUGCAGACCACAGCAGAUGAAGAAGAUAUCGCCCCCCUCCUCAGAGACAGAUCACACAUUGAUGAGACACUGCGACUUGCAACUGAAGACAAAUCAAGCGACUAUGCAGCGGCUCUGCAGAGGUUGCGUAAGAUAUACCACACCUCCAUUAAGCCAGUGGAGCAGGCCUACAAAUACAGUGAGCUGAGGCAACAUGAGAUCUCAGCCUACCCCGGACGAACCAUGGGGGACUCAGCAACAGACGGGGAGAUUACCUCCAAACCCAUGGUGCUAUUCCUGGGACCCUGGAGUGUAGGCAAGUCCUCCAUGAUCAAUUACCUCCUGGGGAUGCACGACAGUCCCUAUCAGCUCUAUACAGGAGCUGAGCCUACUACCUCUGAGUUUACUGUAAUUAUGCACGGGGAGAAGAUCCGCUCCAUUGAGGGUAUUGUCAUGGCUGCAGACAGCUCUCGCGCCUUUUCACCCCUAGAGAAGUUUGGCCAAAACUUCCUGGAAAAACUGAUUGGUAUUGAGAUGCCCCACAAGCUUCUAGAACGUGUGACUUUUGUUGACACCCCCGGGAUCAUUGAGAACCGAAAGCAGCAGGAAAGAGGGUAUCCUUUCAAUGAUGUUUGCCAGUGGUUCAUUGACCGUGCUGACCUGAUCUUCGUGGUGUUUGACCCCACCAAGCUGGAUGUGGGCCUGGAGCUAGAGAUGCUAUUCCGUCAGUUGAAGGGACGUGAGUCUCAGAUUCGCAUCAUCCUAAACAAAGCUGACUCUCUGGCAACCCAGGACUUAAUGAGAGUCUAUGGAGCACUCUUCUGGAGCUUAGCUCCCCUCAUCAAUGUGACUGAACCUCCACGUGUCUAUGUCAGCUCCUUCUGGCCAUAUGAAUAUGCACCUGACACCAGCCGUGACCUUUUCAAACGAGAGGAGAUCUCCCUCCUGGAAGAUCUCAACCAGGUGAUUGAAAAUCGUAUGGAGAACAAGAUUGCCUUCAUCCGCCAGCAUGGCAUCCGUGUACGCAUCCACAGUCUCCUGGUAGACCGCUAUGUCCAGACCUUUAAAGACAAGAUGAGCUUCUUUAGUGACCCUGAACUAGUCUUCAAUGAGAUUGUAGAUGACCCAGAUAAAUUCUACAUCUUCAAAUCCAUCCUAGCCAAGACCAAUGUCAGCAAGUUUGACCUGCCCAACCGUAAUGCUUAUCGUGACUUUUUUGGCAUCAACCCAAUCACCAACUUCAAGCCUCUGUCGUCGCAGUGUUCCUACAUUGGGGGAUGUCUCCUAGAUAAGAUUGAGAGAGCUAUCACUGAUGAGCUGCCGACCCUUCUAAGCAGCAUUAACUCUGACAAGCAUCCCGGCUUGUUUUCCUGUGAAGCUACAGGCUGUGGAGAGAAGCCAAAAAAUCGCUACCGGAAGAACUGAGGAAAGAUAAAUAACUUGGAGAUAAAGGAGGUGAAGAAGAAAAUGGUUCUGAUAGAAGCCAACUCCGCUUUUGUCAGAUUGUGGAUGAGUCAAUCCAGAAGAGAUGAGUGGUUUUUUUUCUUUGUUUCUCAGGAGGAUAUAGGGAGGUGCAUUUAAGGAUUGUGGGGAUGAGAUCGGAAAUGGGAUUGAGGGUCAUUUGUAUUUUAAGGAAUUUUAAGAACACAAACAUUGGUGAAAUAAGAUUGAGUUGUUCUUUUUUGUUGUUUGUUUUUCUUUCCAAAUCAAUGUUCUCCAUUAAGUUGGACUAUUGCACUGGAUUUUGGGGGGAUUUUCUGGUUGAGAAAGUAUCCAUGUGAAGAAAAGAGAUAUGGAAAAAUAAUCAAAUAAAAUUUAAAAAGAAAGACUGAAAAUGUCACUUAUCAUCUCCUUUUAUGUGAAUAUAAUGGGAAAGUGGAAACAGGAGUUGCAAAUUUGUUAUGUAUAUUAUAGAGAAAUCAAAUUGUAAUAGAAAAGUUAUUUGUAAAGAAGCGUUUUUUCAAAUGUUUGACAUAAAUAUAGGCUGUGGAAGUGUUGGGGGUGGGGGCUUGUCACCCCUUCAGGUUUGAUUAUACACACCAUUUAUAUUUUCAGAAAAGAAUUUGAAUACAUACAUCAGCUGAACAAAACUCAUGAUGGGAGUAUACAUUUUAAUAUUAUACAAAACAGACAAAUCAAAUAAAUAAAAAAUAAAUCAGAUUUUAUAUCCCUCAUGAUAAAAAUGCGUAAUAUCAAGCAAAUGUUGAUGCAAUUGAUAAUAUCGACAUUAAAAAAUUAUGAAAUUAAACAUAUGAAGUACCACAAAUUAAUAAAUUUAAAA